AUGUUGCACUCCUUCCACGCUCCUGCCGGACCAUCCAUCUUCUCGCCCCGCCGGCGACGUGUUCCGGCCUCUUCUCUCCCCCGUCUCCGCGCCGUCUCUCUUACCGUCUGCCGCACGACGGCUUCCUCGAAGGGGCCCUCGGAGUUUGAGACCCUUAAAUGCCAACUGGGUAGUGAGGAUAUGAUCGAGGGAGGUAGUCCAGUCGUGGAGGAGUCUGGCGGCGGCGGGCCUCCUCCGCAGGUCGGCGAGGAAGAUGACUCGGAUGUGGACGACGGGAAGCAGGGUAUUUCGGGCAUCUAUGUACCGAGGCAGAAGUAUAUCCCCAUCUCUAAGGAGGACCUCCUGGAUGGCAUCCUCUCCAUGUUCGAGUCGGAAAAAGAUGCGGACGAUUUCCGUCGCUUUGCAAAGUAUGACCCCUCACCUGACCCGUUCUUUCAUCAUCCGCUGAUAGUGGUUGUGGGGAGUUCAUUCCUUCUGUCAUGUAGAGUUUUCAAAGUUUUUUGUGUUCUGUGUUGGUAUCAACACGCGUUUGCCAUUAAUUUUAAUAUAAAUGGACAAUAAGGAAAAAAAGCAGUCAGAAGGGUUCGAACGGAGAAAUUAUCUGAACUUGAUUCAUAAAUCAACGUUGUGGGAAAAUAUUUAAUGUGGGACAGAAUGAAAUGGCUUUAUCUCCUGUGACUUGCAUAAACUUUAUUCAGCUUAAUCAGAAUGGUCAUUGAAAGGAAAUUACUGAAUGACGCUAAUUUAAUUUUUACAUCUGUAGUUAUUUUUUCUUUCAUUAGGCCCAUCCAUGAUUUUUAGCUGUAUUUCCAUUUGUAUAGUGUGAAUUAUUUUAUUUUCUUGGAAUGUAUUUGAAAAUAUAUUCAAACAAAUGGAGUCUUAUUGUUUCAUUCAUAACUUUUCAGCUAAGCAUGGUUGAAUUUUUCUGCCAUAAACCAAGUAGAUCCUUCUGUUUUUUAAUACUGAACAAUGCUAUCAAGCUGUCAUAAUUCUUUUUCGGAUGAUAUCAAUUGAUCAUAAUACUAAUCAAGAUUUUAUGUCUUAUAUUCCGUUAAAAGGUUAUAUAAGGACCUUUUUAUGCAAUAUAGUUCUAUACUAGGAAAUAAUUUGACAUUGUUAUACUUUACACAAGGGAUGCUUGAAUUGAUGUGUGCUUUGAAUCUAACAUGAGAAUUAAAAAAAAUGUUCAAAAUGUCUCAACUAUAUCUAGCAUGAGAUCUCAUUCUGUGCGGUUAAAGCCUGAACUGAACGGGGAAAAACUGAGGACAACAUCUCUGUGAAGUAGACAUAUACAGACCAUAUUUCGAUAUGAAUUAUUUUCUUUUAAAGGAGACUAAAUAUGUAUCAUAUUUCCUUCUAUGCUGUUUUCGCUAAUUUCGCUUCCUUCACUCUUCUUCCUCCUUUGCCAGCUGGACCGACCUUGCGACUUUCCUCCCUUCCUCUUCUUGACCUUUGGCCCUUCCUCCUGAGACUUUGCCCAGGCGGAAUUAGAGGAAUCAGGGAAUUCAAGAUAGAUAAUUUAUGGGUAACCCGCCCUCUCUCUCUUCCCUCCUUUAACUUUCGAGAGAAGAUGCAGGUUUCCUGUUCAGAUCGAAUUGGAAAAAUCUUUAUUUGAAAGCAGAACUAGUUGGAUCAGCCCACGAAUAUCCCUCCCAACCUCUUGGAAAUAUACGAUCUAUCCAUAACAUGUAAGCAUUACCCUAGUGAUUAACAUGUAUUUUUAUUUGUACGUGUCAUCUUCUGCCAGAGGCUUUGAACAGUCGAAAAAAAUCUACAUUGGAAAGUGUUUUGCAGUUUAAGUAACUUUUGAAGACGUCAUUGAAAUUUCUUUUUGGAACAUGUAAAUCAUCUUUCAAAACCUUGUCUCAUGAAGCUAAACAUGUUGCUGGAGGACUGGACAGGGCCUUCAAAAUUAUAGGUAUGAAGAAAUCUUCUGUGUAAGGCAGUUUAAGCGCACAUGCACGACAUGCCAUUAAUUCUCUUUUUCAGUGGAAAUAGUCUAGGAAGAUAUUUAAUUAUGUUAAGAUGCGUUUAUAUCUCUAGAAUCUUUCUACCUUAGAGAAAUUUCCAUAUUGGACAUAAUGUAUUUUACUGGUUAAUAUAUCUCUCAGCAAUGAAUUCUCCUCUUCUUUUUCUAUUUUUUGUUAAUUUUUUAAUUUGGUGCUGUUGAUUUUUUUCCCAUCGUAUGAUUUGCAAUUUAUAAAUGACUAGUUCACUGUUCUCAGUCUUGAUAUGAGGUCAUUUACUUAAUAAUUAACGUCUAUAUAAUGUUUUGAAUGGUUUUACACUAGCAGAAUGAUUAAAAUACAGGUGCUUGGACUUGACUCUCCAUGCUGAGCACAAGGGUGUCCUAGAAGAGAUGCGAACCCACUAUUCGCUUAUGCAUACUGAAGAAAAGAAGGAAAAUAUUGCUUCCUUCGGCAGAUCAAAAACAUUCUUGAGCAAUCCGGAGUUUUUUUCUAAAGAUGUACACGCAAAGGGAGUAAAUGGAAAAUCAAUGGAAAACAGUGCAAAGCUCGAAAGUUUCUACAAUGACUUCGAUGUGAAAUCCCUUUUUGGCUCAUCCUCAGCAAGCAGGACAAAGACAGAAAAGGCAUCCAGGUUUGUUUCCAUAAAUCCGGUACAUAAUUCUUAAUAUAAUUUGUUUAAAAUAUCCUGCAGAGGUGCUAAAAGGAUAGUUGACUAUGAUUUCGUGUAAACUCUAUUGACUAUUUUAUCUUGAAUGGCAUUAUUAUAUAAGCUGCUACUUUGGAUAUAUUUUCCAUCUUUAAGGAUGGUGCUCAAGGAGCAUAACAUGUAUGUAACCCUUCAGACUGCUAACUUCUUUGUUGGAUGUAUGGACGGGGUGCAAUAUAUAGAUCCCAGCUCUCCACAUUUGUAGAAACAGAUGAGAAAAGAUAUAGAGGAGCAUCUCAAAACAAUAGUGUGUCCUCACCUGUUCUCUGUUUAGAUGUUUUGGUUAUAUUUCCAUUGUAUCUAUAGAGUAAACAAUGUCUAAAGACAAUAACUAGAUCUCUAGGCUGGACGAAACUCAAAAGUGCUGUGCCAAAUAAAGAGGGAAAUGUGGAGAGUAAUUUGUGCAUACGACAGAAUUGAUUUGGGAAAGACGUUGCUUCCUAACAUGCGGCUGUCUUUAGUCCUGUAUGUUUUUUCAUUACAACAAAAUAGUGAUGAAGUAUUAAAAUAGUCCGUUUAACAACAAAUACUCUUGUUUGGGUAACAUGGGAUGAAGGAUGAGCCAGCAAGCGGUUUCUGGUGUUUUCUGUGUACAAGUUACACUUUGUGGAGAAUCUUUUCACAUGGUCUUAGAAUAAGAUCACACAUUGAUCUACUGUCUCGAUAUCAUUGAAAAAUCUAAAGCCUUGUCAUUCCCUGAUUGUGGUGAACCAUUUUGUCACAGAUUGCAUUCUCCCAUGGGAUGUCCCUGGGAUAUCUGACACCCUAACUCAAAUUUAUGGUGUCAGAUAACCUCCAUCAAGGAUGAAGUGAUAUCCUGACCUUACAUUUAAUUCCUAUCCUUCCCUGUGUGCAUCCUAUGCUAAUUUGAGGUUGAAGAAUUUUGGAGUUAAUAGAAGGGUGAAGAAGAAACUCUUUUAUAUUUUUGUUCCUUAAUAAGGGUGUGUGCUGGCCGUAUUAUUAACUUCCUUGUAUUGCGCGUACGUAAUUAUGGUAUAGUUAUAAAUAUUAAGUCCUAUUAGGAUAAUUAUAUAAUUAGUGGCAUAAAUGAACAAAGGACAAAGUGCUAAUUUCUAAAUAAGGAGGUUACUAAUGCCUGACUUGAGUUUUUGGAUUCAUUUAACCUCGGACCCUGCAUACAGUUGAAUGUAAAUCUUCCAAGGCUUCACCACAGGUUGUGCAUAGAUAUAUUUAAUGUGAAGCUUCUGUUGGUAUCCAAAUGAUGAAGUUGUAUAAUAUUUGACUGCCUGAGGGGGAACGUAGGGAAUUCACUUCACUCUCUAAGAUUUCUACGAAGACCAUUUUUCUUGAAUACUUCUUAUCGUAAUAAAUUUUAUUCUGUUUAAAUUGAUGUGCAGACUUGUAACAAUUUCCAAUAACACGAGCAACCACAUUAGUUUCUGAGUUAUAUGUUUGUCAUUAUUUUAAAACAAUGUAGUCAUAUUACGUUGGUAUCUAAGGGCAUAAUUGCUUAUUGCAACUUGGACCAAUGAUUCCACAUCGAGCUGAGAUUGUCCCUCUAAUCAGAAAGGGUUGGGGAUCCCUAGAACUUGUGAAGUAAUCAAAUGGUUGAGAUGCAACUCAUCACCCAGUUAAUCCACCGCUAGUAUGUAAUAGCCUGUCUCUUGGGUGGCUUGCACCCUGGACGGUGCAGUAGAGCCAGUGUGGGCUCAGCAGUUGGCCUAUGUUUCUUACGCAUGUUUAGAGGGAGGAUUGAUUCCAGUAGUCUCACUGCACUGACCGUAGUAAACUUCUGUUUGAGCCCUGCCAAGGAAAUGGCUCCUUUGACACAAUGCAAACUAGUUCCAUCAUAUGCUUUCUCAAAAUCGUGCUAAUAAAACUGCACAACCAUCCUACUUUUUUUAUCAGUGGAUUGGUUUCUAGUAACUUCCUUCCAUGAAAGUUGGUUGGCUUCUAUCAAAAAUUUAUCUACCACCUUUUUCAAUCUAUUAGAGUCUUUUUUAUUAUCUCUCAGCAACCUUUGAUAAAGAGAAUUUGUCUAAAAUCAGCAAGUUUUUCAUCUCUUUAUUUCGUGGUAAUUAGGAUCACAGAGGUAGAAUACAAAUCACGACUGCUUUGUACUCUCAUCUGAAAUUUAUGAAAUUUAUGUACCAGUUCAUGAGAUUGUCUUUCAAAAUCUCCCAAAAAGAUCAAAACAGACACAAAGAAAUACCAGCAUAAAUACCAGACCACCAUAUUGUAAUCAAUCCUUUGAAAGAGAGAAAAGGUCCUUUCUGUUUGAAGUUGAUGUUUUCCCCACGGGCGCGAGGGUGGUUUUUCCGGUGCACUGGACCUAGUUCAAUCUACAACAAUAAUAAGCACAGCAUCCUUCACGUCUUCAAUCGUGAGACGUUAAUCAGAAGACAUUUAUCUAUGUAAAUCAGUACAGCAAACAGAGAUGGAGAUAAAUAAUUUAUCGAAAAUUAAGCUUUUAUAUUUUCUCCGCCCUCCACAAUCUGACCUGCAAUUUCAAUUUGAUCAAUUUUCAGUUUCUCGCCCUUUAAGGUUGCCACUGGAUGAAAUAAUUUGAACUCAGGUCACCUUUUUAAUACACAAGUCUUUAGCCUUUGCCGCCUUUUUAUUUUGUCCUUAAGUAAUCUUCUAUAAUUUUUUUCCCCGAAUGUGGAUGUGAUUUUGCUUCUUUAGGGUGUAGUAUGUUCAUUACGUUGACUUUCUAUUUUAUGGCACUGAUUAUUGUUAUGCUUUUCAGCGUUAUUCCUACACACUUUCAGCAUACGUUCAUGAAACUUUUACGCAAUGCUCAGUUUGAAGAAUUAUCAGCUGAGGAUUUGCUCCUGACAUAUGCAUUGAAUACUGAUUACUUGUUAACUUUACCUAUAUAUGUUGAUUGGAAAAAGGCUUCUGAAUCAAAUGCAAUAAUAUUCAGGUAACAUCUCUCAAUUCAUUAUUCAGUUUCUCAUCAAACUGAAACUUUACCAGUAAGAUUAGUUAGAGCCUUUGACUGUUAUGCUUCAUCAUUACCGUUAUUUUGUAGCGUCUUAAAUUAAAUUCACUAUUUAUGGACCUGAUAAGGCAUUAGUGGGCAUGCUUAGUUAGAGCACUUUUAUUUUGCAUAUCUUAAUAUGGGGUUAUUUCUGCAACUUUCUCUUUGAAGUGUGUAGAUAGAUUGAACAGGAGAUAAUUCCUCUUAGUAUGCACAGCCUCAUGGUCUGGUCUGAACUGUGCAAUCUCUUCUCUGCUUUCUUCUCUUGUUUUAUCAAUCCUUGCUGCUUUUUUGCCAGGAAUUGUAGCGCUGAAUGGUCCAGGAUCUGAUCCAGAACUAGUCUUAAAUCUCUCAAUUAGACCUUGCCAAAAAAGGAAUUUCUUUCAUGUGGCAACUGAUUCAUGGUUCCAAAAAAUGCUAAACCCCCUCUGCUUCUCAACUAAUGGACUCUCGUCUCUUCCCUAUUAUUUCCCUCUACUUUUAAUGAUGGACUACCUGGGUUUCAUCAUCAUAUUGAUAAUCCUGUUUUUGUAUAAAAAGCCCUGUUCGUAAAUCAAAUGUGUUCGAGAGCAAAAAAUUACACAAAAUUCCCGAUUUAGAGAUCCGAGUUACUCACCGGUGGGUUUUUUCUUGAAGUAGUUAUGCAAAACAUAGAAGGAUUUCUUGUUGUGCUUCAAUUAGAUUGGGCGUAACUAUACAAAACAAUUUCAUCAUCCCGAAUUAUAUAAAAAUGUUGAUCCCUUAAUGUCGUCUCAAUUCUCCUCUAAUUGCCUCCAAAACAAAUGUCUUAAUGUUAAUUUCCCUUUAAUUAUAAUUAAUACAAAUAUGAAGGUUUUCCUAAUUGAAUCAUUUGAGUGUCUAAUUAGGUAAGGCCAUGUAUGGGUUUAUUUCUCUUUUGGUAUUUAGUGUGGUACACAAGUUAAUUAGAAUGUCUGAAAUCCAAUUUAGGAUAAUUUGCUCAAGUAUAGCUUUUAUGGUUUGAUGACUGGUAUAUUUGUUUUUAUGAUUAUGAUUCCAGAAUUAAAUUUAAACGGUUAAACAGAAUUUAUUUUUUUUGUUAUCACACUGUUAUCCUAUUUUGAUAAGUGGAACGAAGGUACAUCUAAUAAAGGUUAAGGGGUCAUGAUUUUAGUUAAUUAAGCUUUUCUUGCUAGACUUAUUUUCAUUAUAAAUUUCUGUUUCACUAUGAUUAAUGUUUAUAUCGACUAUGGAUAAAAUAUAUUCAUCAAUUUAAUUUAUCUUGUACCACUUUUGAUUUAGUAAUCAUAAAAUGUACUAGGAUCAUCAUAAAAAUAAUUUCCUUUGUAAAUUUGGUUUCCUUGGUUAUAUUAGGAAACAUGAGUUUUAUUACUAUUUAGAAUAUUUUUUUUCGUUUUCUUUGUUUAAUAGUUUACAUGUCAUCCAGGCGUGGCUAUGCUACAGAGAGGCAAAAGGGUUUUCUCAUCAUAGAAAAGUUGGAUUAUCUACAAUCGAGGCUUCUACAGAAAAUCUUGUUCAAUAUUUCAAGGCCAGUGAAAAGGCUUAGUAUUUGGAUAAAUGAGGUCACUCUACACUUUCGUGUUAUUUUUUGAUCUCCAUUUUUUUAUAAUUUUAAAUAAAUUACUUCCAUGAAUUAUGAAUUUUCUUGUUCUUCCUCUUAUGCUGGAUAUGAAAGGACACUUUCUCAAAAUUGUUGAGUAGGUCUAUGUUCUUGUCACUAUUAAAAACACAUGGUUUAUGUUCUUAUUGUGCUGUCCUUUCUCUGGUCAGUGGAAUGCACCUCUUUAUUCAAAUGAGAAUUUUACGAUGAAAGUUCAAAAUUUGCCACCAUAAUGGAUGGACAGAUCCCACAACCCAGUUACAGAUGAAAUUUUCGUUGACAUCCUAAAAUAAUAUGAAAACAACUGUUGUUUGCUGACCCAUGUCUGAUCAGCCCGUAAUGAAUAUAUUGCUUUGUUGCAACAGUGAGAACUUUUAAACAAUGUGUUAUGAUAUCAAGUCACAUAAGAAUCAUCAUGAGAGAAAGUUGGAUGUAAGGAUAUCACCAUAAAGGAAAUUUUAACUAGUUUGACAAUACCGUAUUAGUGUCUUACAAUUUUGUGGUACAUAUACAUUUCAUACGAAAUCAUAUUUCUUAUAAUCAUUCCGUAUGUUAUGCAAACCUAAAAGUGUUUUACUUAUUUGCUAAGUUCUACAUCAAGUCAACCUUGAAUUUGUAAUCCUUCUCCUGCAGAAGAAGAAUAUGGAACAAAUCUUCUGACUCAGUAGUUUUGUGCUCAUAUAUUGAGCUAAACAAUGCAUGCCACUUACGUAUAACAUGGCAUGAAAGACGUGGCAACCUUUUUUAUUAUUUCACGAUACUGGAAUCAUCAUUGUAAAACCUCAGAAAAAAGUUAAAUAUCUUGGUCAAAUUAAGAGGGGAAAUUUCUCAAAUUAGUGAUUAGUAAACAUGAAACCUUGCGAUAGUGAGAGAUAUUCAAUUUUUUUCUUGAAAUAUCCUAUUAUUCCCUGUUAACAUCAAAUAUUGUAUCCUCUACGUGUCGUUUUGUAAAAUGUUUGCAAAAUUCAACAUAGGACAAGCCUCAUCAUGUAGUUUCUUCUUUACUGUGUUGUUAAUUCAUUUCUGGUAAGUGUAAGACGCCAUAGCAGACAUCAAUAGCUGACACUAGUCUUAAAUCCUCCCCUGUUCUUCUCCUUCCACUCCACCAUCAAGCUCAAAACCAUAAGAGUAUUUAUGUCAUUCAACCGAGUAUACAGAGAAGAAAAUAUAUACAGCCGUUAAAGAAUCUGGUGUCUCUCUUCCUUCCCCGAUCCUCAAGUUUAAAGGCCAUCCAUAAAGGAAUUGGUUGGUCAUUGAAUUGAACAUGCAGAAAAUAAGUUGAUGAAUAUACCUGAAGAUGCUACUGUUCAAAUUGUCUUAACUUAAUUUAAAAUUUGAGGAAGAGCACGAGGUACAAGAGUACAAAAUUGUGUCUCCUUUCAGUUAAGGUAUCAUCAGGUUCUACAAAACUUUCAUUAUUGGGUUAGCCAUACACUUCACAUGGUUCUAGCGAUUUACAUGGCAUCAUCAAAUGAUACAAGUCUUGGAUAAGAAUCUACGAUGCACUGGAACGCCCUUGUUGAUGAUCCCUUACUCCAACAGCAUCUAGGGUUCCUCUAACAAUGCGCUAUCUCACACUGUGUAAAUUCUUUACCCUUCCUCCUCUCACUAGUAUUACAGAAUGUUUUACUGAAUUAUGGCCAGUACCAGGUAUAUAAGAAAUGAUUUAAAAUCUAGACGUUAAUCAUACUCUGGCAACUUUGCAUACGGCAGAAUUUAUUAUAAACCCGUUUUAUUUUGCUGGGGCGGCUUUAGAAACCAGCAUCAGGGCAUUUCAUUUUCCCUGGACAACGUAUGGGUAUUCAUCAGUAGUAUUUUAAAACAAAAGAGUGAAGCCGUCAAAACUAAUAGGAAAAAACCCUGCCAUUUUCAAACUGUCGAAGACUAUAAAUUCCAUAAGUUAUCAAAUCGUUCAUUGACAUCUAAUUAGAUGACAGGCUCUGUUGCCAUAAAACACAGAGCCUUUGAAAAAAUCAACGAAUAUUUUCUGAGGCGCAUUAAACAUGCAUAAAUUGUAUCCAUAUGAAGAUAUGUAUUUCUAAAGACUCUUCCUUACAGUAUUUUAGUGUUAAAUCCACAGGUGCUCUAGAGUCACCCUGAGGCUCUUUUGAAUGCACAGGUGUUAAAUACACAGGUGAAUGGAGAAAUCGUUAGGCUCUGUCUGGAAUGACCUUGCAGAGAGUAUCUUUCCAAAUUCGUUGGCAUCUUGAAAUAGGUAGCCUUCUGGUGUAUCAGUCCAGUACGGAGAUUAACACCUAGAUGAUCGACUUGGGUAGUCAAACCAUUCUUUGUCCUGUGUUAUAAUACAAGAAAUAAAUGGGAAAAUAUACUGCCUUAACAAUAUUAUAAGGAUAGACCCUUUCCUUCAUCGAGUAAACACUAAUACUGUGCUUGUAAUGCAGACGUAUGAUCAUAAGAUGUGCAGAGUUAUUGGAAAUUAAAGCUAUUUUAUUAAAAGCUUUACUUUUUAAUGUGUCUGUCUGGCUGGCCAUCAUUAUAGAGUAUAUCUGUCUUGUUUUCGACGUUUAACAUUAUAUAAAUUGUUAUUAAGUUUUAACAUUGUUUUUUUUUCAUAUCCAAGGCCUUAAAAAACCCUAGUCAAACAGACGAACUAAAAGGUCUGAUCGAAAGAGCUAAGGGUUGGCUUGAGAAGCACGGAUUUCCAAAGGCCGUACACUCCCAUUUUGAGGCUACAUUCACCGAUCAGCUGGAAUAUUCUCAACCAGAGGCUAGUGAGCUCCCAAUCUGGCUUGCUUCACAAAGGGCAUCGCUUCGUUACCAGGGAUUUUUGUCGUCCAUUGGACCUCGUGAAAGGCUUAUGAGGAAAUUCCUCACUUGGAUUGGACUUAUUCCUUCUAUUCCAGAAGCAUCAAUAGAUCACGACGCUGGAAGCAAAGUUUCUGAGAUCUAUCUGAGGUUUGCUCCAUUCAUUCCCAGUUUAAACUGCUAUCCCUUCCACUAAAGUAUAUUAUGUCUUGUCUGCAUAAACGUACACACACGCACGCAUGCACACAUGCAGACAACACAAAAAGGGAUUGGGUUUCCCCCUUGAUCCAGUACGGCUUGUCUGAUAGUUCCUAGUUGAUUAGGUGGGAUGAUUCCUAGUUGUUAGAAAAUUUCUCUUCAAAUCCAUUCCUAUGACUUUCUAUUGUAGAUGCGUUGGCUGUUUGCAAAGAUGAAGAUGCAGUUAAUAGUGGUCUGUAUGAUAAGUUGACAAUGUUUCUUGAUGGCUUGAUCUUGAAGAUAGCUCUCCGUGCUUUGGCAGUGACAGAUGACUUGCAAGUUAAUGCCAAUUCGAUGAUAUCCGUCUGAGAGGGGGGAGAAAGAGAGAGAGAUAAGAGGAGAAUGCCCCUCGUGGAAGCAACCUUACCCUAGCUUGAUGUCUCUUGAGAAAAUUGGAGACGAUCUGGACGAACCAUUUUACUCCAUAACGAUAUAAGAAGUGAUUGAUCAUUAGCUGGACAUGAAUAAAUGAUAGGCAGAGGAGAAUAGAUUUUUUAGCAUCAGCAUUAAAUACCAAAAAAAAUAACGUGAAAAAAGAGAUGAUAUUCUCGGAGCGAUGGUCUUUUGAAUCAGAUGCUAAUCCAUGAUUUAUGGAGUUAAUCAGAUCCAUAGUGGGUUUGGAUUGGGCCCAGAUUUGUCCAGUUCGGGGGAUAGACCAGUUUGUUUCUAAAAAGAUACCAUGAUUUACGUUAAAAAUCUAGAAUUUUAACGCUAUGAUUACUCAAUGUCUCAGCACUGACAAUAGCAUAGGCUUCAGUGUUAGCUCCUUGAGCAAACAGUUGGUUAGAUAUGAAAAUCAUGUCUCGUUACAUAUCCCCUGUGGUUAUAGCCUGGUGUAGGAUCUUUCCUUUCAUGCCAAAAUAAAAAGAUAAAAUCUUAGAGCUCAAUAUCACGUUUCUCCUUGCACAUCAUCGGAGAUAAAAGCCUUGUGCAACAUCUUAACUUUCAUGUCGAACUUAAAAGGUAAAAUAUUGAUGCAGAACCAGUGAUUUUGUGUUUCUUUUAAUUGUUAAGUUUGAAAAUUGAAAAUAAGUUUUAGCUCAUCUAAAUGUAAGAUAUAGCGGCUAGCAUCCAAAUUCAAAGAUGGAAAUAAAGUAACUGGUAUAUGAGCACUAUUUAGGUGAGAUAUUCGUAUGCAGUUUGUCUGGACAGUUUUCUAGAUAAUUUUUAAGAGUGGCAGACGAAUUAUUAGGGGUUCAGUAGUCCUUAGGAAGAGAUAAGUAUCACGCAUCUCUUCCCUCCUGAUGGAUUUUCUAUUUCUGUCCGAUAUUUCUGACUAAUUUUUAUUGUGGAAUACAUGAAAGAAAAAGUUCUUUUGAGAUCUUUCUAUUCCAAAUGUGGGACAAAAGAUGUUCCUAGUCCUUUGUCGGAAAACAAAUUGAAAGACGUCUUGGGUAAAUUCUUUUAUCUCGAAUUAUUUGUCGUGAAUAAUAGGAAAUUUUUGGUCCCUUUUCAUUGAUGCCUCACUAGAAGCCCCUGUGUGAAAACGUUGACAUUCACCCAUAGGUACAAGAUCUGCGUUAUUCCUAUUGUUUAUUUUAUUUCCAUUGAAACAUCAUACACUGGACAAUAUUUCUACUCACCUAAUGAGUUUCAUAUAUAAAAAAUGUGGUUGGCAGGCCAAAUUUCUUACCAAGAAUGACGCUUACUGACAUAUGGGAGCCUGCAUCAAUGGAAGCUUGUGGGAGUAACAUAUGGAAAAUGCUGAAAACUGGUGUAUCUAUUAUUUUUUCAAGAUCAGUUCUCCAGGUUUGGUACUAUCACGUCUUAUGUGCAAAUGUCUUUGGAUCCUGUUUACUAAUGAAAGUAGAACUGGAACGUGUUGUCACUAAGGAUGAUGAUAUAUAUUGGUGGUUUCAGCUCGAUCACCCAAGUCUUGGUGAGAAGAGACCGUUAUGUUUUAGUAACGGACACAUAAUAUUUCACUCUCACAAACAUCAGAAUUAGCUGAAUUUAUUGAUCGUUGAAAAUGAUGUUUUUCAAUAUUUCUUCUUACAAUUUAUCAUCCUGUGACUGUGGUUAAUGAUAGAUGUUUAAAAAGAGCUGUUACUAGCUUGUGCUAUCAAAGUUGUAAAUGGAAGAAUCCUAUGGUCAACUAAUCUUUCUUGUUAUGCCUGAACGAGCUUGUGCUCGAAAACUCUAGCUUUUCUUUCUAUGGAUAUAAACAUGAUGAAAUAUCAUAAUAGGUUUAAAAAAUUAGCAUACUUCUUAGAAAUUACACUUUACAUCAAAUAGCAUCAGAAUCAAGAUAUACCUAAAAGUAUUCCUAGUUUUCUCCAUUGAAGGAUAUUCUGAAAUGAACAUUAGUUACUGGGAAAAAUAUCUUUGAAUUAAAUCCAGCCGAACGACUGAAAGUUGGCUCUAAAAAGCUUGCCUAGUUGUUUUUUUUGGUCUGUCAUCUGCAUAAGAAGCUCUGGUUGGAAGAAUGGGACUGACACCCUUCUGUUAGCUAAGUCACGAGAAAUUGGUCAUAUAUUUUAUCUGAGAUUCGCAUUAUGUUGACUAAAAAGUCAAUUGAGCUCUAAGAUAUUCUAUUAAAAUGAGAUCACCAUUUAUCUCCAUAGAUUAGCUAAUUUGUCUUGACGACAUAGCACACGCUCGGGAAUAAAUGGUUCAUCUUUAGGACUCGUCAGAGAAGAGUACAGCCACCUUACUUUGCAGUGUUUUAUCCUAACGUGCUGAUUGAUGUGAAAAUAAUGAGAAAAAUACAGGUAUCUCUUCAAUUUCAAGUUAGACACUAAUUUUAGAACAGCUGAUGAAAUCCUGGAGGUAUCUGGUAGCUCUGGUAGCUCUGGUAGCUCUGGUAGCUCAUUCAAUUCAUGUGUUGCUAUUCUUGAAUUGAAUAAUUAAUAAAAGAAAUGGAAUUACGGAAAAGGGAGGAACUAGAACUAGACCAAUGUGGUGAACUAGAAUAACAAUCACUGCAACCAUAUUUGGAGCAUACUUGUCAAACUAAAACCAAAUUGUAAUCUCUCUCUUUUAGAGAAACGAGGGGAUCAAAUUAACUCAGUUACGGUAUAAAUCAACUUGGCUCCAAUUUGUAAAAGUCUACGGGAAUAAUACUUUUCAAGAUACUUGAAUUGUGAAACUAAGCCUUGCAUGAUUCUUAGUUUUGGGAUCUUAAAGCUUUGAUCACGCUGCUUCAUGUCAUUCGAGGCUAAACUGGCUCAGACAGUAUGGUACAACCACUGAUUUUAUCCGCUGUGGAUUUAUCAUGGGUCUGCCAAGGUGAGCAGUUAGUGUGAUCAUGGACGAACUUAAGUACUCACCCCAGAACGAUGUAAACUUUUGUUUUAACAGAAAUUAUCGUUGAAAAUCUCUGAAUCUUUGGGACCCCUUUCUCACCCUUGUGCUUGAAAAGAUAUAUUUAUUGACAUUUUGCCUUUCAAGUAUUGUUUCGCAUACUAACAAGUGAAAUAGAGACGGAUAUGACACUAGUUUCACCUAGCAUCAUUGGCUCCCAAAGAUUACUUCCGAGUACCCACAUCUUAUUAAUAAAAUUUUCAAUUCAACUUUAUUUCAGGAGCCAGCAUUCCAAGAAUUGAUUCUUCUUUAUACUGAAGAAGUCGUUCAGAGUGAUUCUGAGAAGAGCGAAGCUAGGCCAUUGCAAUUGAAAAUAUACGAGAGAAUACCCUAUCCUGAGCUUCCAGUAAGUUCAUAAUCACUAAUCUUAUAUUAUAUUAAUGUUUUUCUAUUUUGUUCAUGGAUCAAGGAGAAUUCAUUUUUGCUUUAAAUAUUAUCGAGUGCAUUCAUAUGUCAAGAGUGUGGCGUACACUUUUUUAUUUCGUGAUGUGAAUAUUAAAACGUUCACAUUAUUUAUUCUCAUUUUUUUCAUUUUGCUUCCUUGCAGGUCGUUUUUCCCCACAAGAAACUAUCAUUCCGGAUAUUGGAUACGGUAUAAUCACAAUAGGAUUCAAUCACUGUCAUAAUUUCAAUCUCCAUUAUUUUUAGUUUUAAAUUUUAAAGAUUAGCGAAAGCCGUGGUGAAGGGUAGUCAAAUAAUUUCAUGUGGAACUUUAUUUGAACUUUCUUUUAUACAAGCGGCUUAUUGACCGGAGUUUAGAAGAUAAAUUGUUCUUUUGAACUUGAUUUAAAAUCAAUGGUUAAAAAAAAACUAUUAUGUUUUAUGAGAUCCUAAUAGCAAUAUUGGAGCUGCAUUAGUAUGUGCUUUGGUUUGGUUUGAGUGUGGUGGUACAUCAUAUGAUAACUAGGAGAAGGAACUCCCUUGGAAGCAUUACUUCUAAUAUGUAAUAAUUUACUGCAGUUUAUAAAUUUUACAACAUUUACACCCAGCUGAUUGUUUAUUCUACAUGAUUUUUGUAGGUACGCUUGGAUGUUGCGAGCAUAUUGGGACUUUUAGCUUACUUUGUCAAUUACAAAUUUGAGAAUAUUCUCUCAUCUCCGUAUGAAACAAAUCUUUUGUUAUCAUUUGAGUUCUGUCAUCAAGGGACCACAUAUUGCACCCACGUUCCACUUAAAACAUAGGCCUAGUGAUGAUCCUAUAAUGAUUGAAAUAAAUUUAUGAUUGUUGAUCAGAAAGAAGUGAAAUAAUAGAUGCAAUAUAGAAUGAAAAGUUAUGAGACUCUUGAUGAAAGUUACUUCAACGAAAGUAAAUAUUGAAACAGAAUGUGCAAUUUUAUAUUGGAUAUUCAUUUUUAUUUUCUAUUCAAUUGGUGAUUUCGUUUAACUUUACAGGCUAAUGGAAUUGUUUCAAUGCUAAAGUUUGAGACUGGAGUGGAAAUGGUAGAAAGUGGGAAUAUCGGAGGUCUCAGUUCUCAAGUUGGGAAAUGGAAUGGAACUGGUGGGAGGACUUAGAAAGAGGACUUUGCCUUGAUAGCGGUUAAAAAUACCACUUUGUAUACUGAGCUUAUAGUUUUAUAGGCACUGGCGUCUAUUGCUGGAUACCAAAAUUAUUGCAAGUAUUUAAGGCAUGAUCAGGUUGCCAGGUUGAUACCUUAUAUGGGAAAUAGGUUCAUAAAUCCCAUAUUUAAUCUGGUGAUAAAAACCUGUAAUUUGAACCAGGAAUAUGUUUAUUUUAAUAUUCGAUGAAUGAUCUGCGCAUAGUUCUACUCGUUUCCAUAAAUAAUUUUUUAAUAGCAAUUUACAAGGGUAACCGAGCUGGCAUGUCCACAAAUGAUACAAAGAAUUGAUAAUUAUGGUAUAAUGUGUCAAACUAGAGAUUUUCAAAUUUUGCCUUUUAGCUGACUGCACAUGUAUUUUACUUGAGGGAAUAUCUAUGUACUUGAUCUCUAGCCAGAUGUGUGGACUAUAUGUUUUAGUCAUCUUACUGUGAGAGGAAAAAUCAUUGGUGUCCAGGCCAUUUGUAACUUUGGUUUUGUGACCUGCCUAAACCCUAAUAACGUCCAUGAUCCCACAGUUUUGUCCAACUGAACUUCCAUAUCUCAUGGAACUGUCACUGCACAGUUCUCAUUGUUAUAUCACCUUUUAUUAGCGAGAGUAGUGAGUUACUGUGAACCACGAUCACUAAGGGCAGAUCAUGACUACAUACUGAAAAAGUACAUAAUGAGACAUGAAUCUGAUGGUACAGUCACUAAUAACCUCAAGACCCAGGCUCUGUGAAUUAGCUUGCAUUCUGCUGCAAUUGCUGCAGACUAUCUCAGUACUACCAGUUGUCUGUCAAAGUAUGGGUGAGUCUCUCAGAAAGAAACUAUCCAGCUCUGUGAUCAUCUACGAAAUGGUACUCAAACGUGCAUGCACAAAUAUGGUCACCAGAAAAAUAACUGGGACUAUAAUGAGAGGUUUUAAUUUUUAAAGUGAAUUACGCAUUGUGCAGUCAUAUGGUGAAUCAAAAAUGACUUUUUGAAAUUAACCUUCCUUAUUCUUUUUCAUAAAUAAUCAUUAUAGUCCAUGGAAACUAUAUUAGACUUUUGCUACUUUGGCCAACUAGCAUUUGCAUCAGACUGUGUCUAUUUUGUGGUCAGCAGAAAUUAUUCAAAUAUGUGAUUGUUUCAUCAUUUUUUACGCCUUUUCUUUGUCCCCUCAUUAAUGUAAUGACAUGUUUAUGGUGCUUUCCUGGUCCAGUUUUUUGUGCCUCACUUCCUUUCCCCAAUUCUGUUGUUUUCCAGUUCAGCAUUUUUCCUUGAUGUAGUAGCCAUAAGUGCACUCGUAUUAUUUAUGACACGUGUGGGAUUGGGCUAUAAACAAACGUGGGAUCGAUACCAAGUAAGUUGCCAUUUUUUAAUUAACCUUCAAGUAUCCUUUUUAUAAAUUUUAUUUUAUUUUUCAUGGAAAAAGGUUUUAAAUCCUAAUUUUUUUCAUAAACAUUAGAAAAUAUUGACGCAUAACCAUAAUAGUUUUUGCGUGUUUGUCUGUUUUCUAUAAAAUUUUAACACAAAACCGGUUUGAUCCUCAUCCUUCAUUUACUCGUGUGUCUACAAUAUUUUAGGUGGAGAAUUACUGUCAAGAGGUAUUCUCCGAUGGGCUGCCCUUUCAAAUGGAGUUGUAGGAAUUUUAGAUUGAUUCGGUUUACAAUGGUAGUUUCAAGCUAAAUAAGAAGAGCUCCUAGACUUUUCGGUUCGUACAUACUAGCGCCCCCAUGUAAGAUAAUUCUAGGUCAACAAAUACUAAUGCGCUGAUAGCCCCCUUUACCGGAUUGAGUUUGAGAGACUUGCGGUCGUUAGGCGUGAGGCAAAUGUAUACCUCAUAUUGGGUUUCUACGUUUUCUUGCACCAGUGUGUCUAGAAGAGAAUCCUUAUUCGGUUCCAUCAGCUAGGUUGAUAGACACAUAUAACAUCCCAUGAAAAGGCACAGAUCUUGGCUCGUGCUUAAUUUAAGAUUUCUAUGAUGGUGACAGUAGAGAGGAGAUUUUGAUUAUCUUUGGCUGCAAAAGCACCGAUUUUUAAAUUAGAAUCUACCUGCUGAUUUUAUGUGACCCGUAAAAGCAACCAAUUGAAGAGACUUGUGGUGGUACGCAUGAGACACAAUUGUGAGCCUUUUCUGCCUGAAAUUAGUUCCACAUUCAAUUGAGAUGCUUGAUCAAGAGUAUUUGGCUAUUUAUGUAUUACAACUGUGAAGUGUUUUAGUUUCGUUCAGACAGUUUGUAUGAUUGUAGAGAUUUUGCAUCCUCUGUGAAGCAUUCUGAAGCAGCAUCUUUUAUUUCAGCUUUUGGUCAACAGGACCCUGUAUGAAAAGACACUAGCUAGUGGUUUCGGUUCUGUUCACUUCCUUCUGGAUGCCUCUGAGCAGCAGCAAGUGAGUGAAGUUGAUAAGUUCCGAUGGAUAUCAUUAUCUGCUACAAACUUUUCAGAAACAUAUCAUGUACCUUAUCAUAAUAUCAUUUCCUUUUCCAUGCAGUACAAAGAGGCAGUUUUGGCAUAUGCGAUUCUUCUUCGCACUGAAAAUUUGCAGGUUUUCAACUUCCUUUAUUGUUUGAUAAUUCUAAACUGAUUAGCCUCCAAGAGGUCUCUAACUUUUAUUAAAAAAUGGAUAAUUCUGUCAAUUUCUUAUGACAAAAUAAUUCACUUGAGAAUCUUUGCUGUUAUACAAUAGGUAUCAAUACUCUAAAGAAUCCUAGUUGUUAUCAAUAGGUAUGGUCUAAAUCUUUGCUCUCCGAGAUGUGACCUGUGGAAGCUAGACACAUCAUAUAAACUUAGAACCCAUUUUUUUAUGUAAGAUAUUUAUUUGUUUUGCUUGUGAGGGUUCCAGCUGAACUAAGAGGUUAUGGCAUGUUUCUGGUAUCAAUGUGAAUCAAUGUGUAUUUUGAUUAUUACGGUAUCAAUUGUGUGUGAUUUACAAUAGGUUCCACGCUCUUCAGGACAUUUCAUCAAUUAAUUUAGCAGAAUAUUCGUAAUACAUCCAAAAAAUAUCAUUCAAAUGUUUUCAGUUCUCCAUCAAACUUACCUUUUCGUUUUUCUCUGAGGAACAUGGAUUGCUAGUUGGAUUCUUGGUAGUUGCAAUAUGCAAUGUCGACCCAUAACCCAAGUUUCUGGAUGUCACUGCCUUCUUCAUGACAUUAAUGAACAUUGGAUAUCUUCUCCAGUUUUGACCUGAUUUAAAGCUCUUAUAUCUCCUGUGCAGCAUUUUUUUUUAAAAUUUUCAAAUCCCUAUUUAGUUGGAUGAAUAGAUUAAAAGCUGCGUCACUUAGUCUCUGGCACUCCGCUGACUUUUUUGACUUCAUAUAUCAAGGCCUCAUUUUCCUAGAUGUUACAUUGUAAGUUUUAAUACGGUUACAACUUCGGUAUUUUAGAUUCAUAUAAUUUGAAACAUAAAAGCCUCUUUUUCGAAGUUUUAGGCUACACUUGAAUACCAAACUUACACUAAUAAUUGAUAGGUGUCCUGUCGCAAGAGUCUAGCAGAUGCCUGCGAGAUAUUCCUGUAUGACAAAUUCCACGAGAAGGUAUGUAAGAAAGCAUGUGCUCGCUGACUUUGAGGUGAAACAAUGGUGGCUGUAAUAUUGCUGUAUGCAGGUCGAAAUGCCAAUUGAGAAUGCCAUCAACACGUUAUUGAGAUUGGACAUUGUGAAAGAGACUCAAACGAAUGGAAGCGUUGGACUAAAUGCUCUUCCGUCUCUCAAGGCAUAUAAGGCCCUCAAAAGUCGUUGGGACGACUUGAUAGCAUAAAAGAGCUUUGCUGCUCCUUUGCAGGUACUCUACUUUUCUAGUCAGAAAUAGCGCAAAUCUUCCCAUACAUCGAUGUGCUGUCCUUUUUUUUUCUUUUCUUUUUUCCAGCCAUUUUUUAGAGUUAUAAAAACCAUAAUAAUAGUACUAAUGACCAAAACAACAACAACAGUAACGAAAGCUUGAAGAGAUGUAAACACAUAAUAUUCUAGGGAUGAGAAUGUACAGAUUUUGUAAUAAGCUUUAAGUCCGCAUGGCCCUUAUGGGCUGGGCCACACACAUGCUACAAUGGCAAUUACAAUGGGAAGCAAGGCUGUAAGGCAGAGCGAAUCCGGAAAGAUUGCCUCAGUUCGGAUUGUUCUCUGCAACUCGGGAACAUGAAGUUGAAAUCGCUAGUAAUUGCGGAUCAGCAUGCCGUGGUGAAUAUGUACCCGGGCCCUGUACACACCGCCCGUAAUGUUCUUAUUUCGACGAUUUUCCUCAUUGAUCCACCAAAGUCAUUUAUCGAGAACGCUUCUAUAGAAGGAUUUAAUUUUAGCACACCCCAUUGUUCCUCCACUUUUAUAUCUUCACAUAUGACUAAAAACAGUCCAUGUUCUCAUUCAUGCAUGUAUAGAGCUGACUUUAUUUAUCUUUUUUUCGUUUUUUUAUUUCUUUAUUAUAGUUAUUAAAAAACUUCUUAUCAUCAUUAUCCAAUUUUCUGAGCAGUACACUUUUAACUCUUGUUCAUCAUCAAGUAUUUUAUGGUAAAAAUUGCAUCCUCCCUAAAUUCCUGUUUAACUGAUCUGUCCUGCUUUCAGGCCAGCUCCUUAUUUUCCAAGCACAGUAAGCCUUCUAAAGAGUGUAACCCAUUCAUUAUUGAACUGAAUCAUGAAUGACCCAUCAUUUUUUUAUCAUUUGCUUUCAAUCAUCAAAUUCGGAUGAACAUUGGCAAGAAGAUAACUGGCUCGUAUCGUUUUUUUGGCUAACUUUAUGUAGGCUUUGUGAAUUUGACGUAUCUGGGGAUGGAACUUCAUUCAAGAGCUCACCACUUAAGGUCCUACAUCCCUAUGCUUACAUCAUAUGAGUACAGAAGCUCCUGGGCACUCUUGUAUGUAGUAA